AUAUUUGUGGCGUAUCCAUGGCAUGCCAACUUUCGCAGUGUUGCACCAUGCGAAUGGGAUCAACUGGGACGAAUCACCUCACCAUCUGGUCACAUCUGUCAAGCCAUGCGCACCUGUUCCAAGCACUGACGGAUCCAAGGGUGGCAUCGAGACACACCGUUCCUCCCCGCCUCCAUGCCACCCCUUUGCCAGCCCAGCUAUAGACUACAGUGGGCCAGCCUCCCGCGCCACUGGGGAAUAUCUGUUCCAGCAUGAUCGAGGCUACACCCAGAACUGCUCUAGCUCAGAAGGAAACAUCCCCAUUACCGAUAAACACACGUCUUCCUUGACGGCCUCGUCUAAUCCGCUGGACGCGACUGACAAGAUGCGAGUGGCCCUGACCGUUUCCGUUUUGCUUGUGUUACAGCUGCAGUGCCAGGCUCUAGAGGAGGUUGAGUGUCUGAGGCUCUUGGGAGCACUGCAGAACCAGCACCAUGCCCAGUACCAGUACCAGAGCCAGCACCGUGCCCAUGACCAGACCCAGAACCAGACCCAGAACCAGCACCUGCACAAGGCCAAGGAGCAGCCUGAGGUGCUGACCCAGCAGGGAGUGUCCUGCUUCAGCCUGGCCCAUAGCCUAAGAACCUACAUCUCCAAGGUGACGGAAAAAAUCGUCUCUGAGCACAUGCUUUCAGAGUCUCUCCCCACCAGAGGGACCACACGCAGCCUGCAGCCCUCCGCCCACCUCACUCUCCGAGACAGCGGGCUACAGGGGCCCGUCUCGUCCUCCCCCCACAGAGACCUCCACCAGUCCUGCCGCUACCCGGUCCUGUCCUGGUCCAAUCACAGCAUGGUGUCUCACCUGUACAACAUGAGCGUGUCCGGGGGCCGUCUCCGUGUGGCGCGCUCGGGUCGUUACCACGUCUAUGCCCAGCUGACCCUGCACUACGCCUCCCUGGGCCACCAGGGGGCGCCGGAGCCCAGCCACCAGCUGGUGCUGUGCGUGAGUAGGAAGACGUGGUACGCGAAGCCCAUCCUCCUGCUGAAGGGCGUGGCCACGCGCCGCUGGGCCCCCGAUCCUGAGCCUGCCGUCCACUCCCUCCACCAGGGGGCGCUGUUCUCCCUGCGCGCCGGAGACCAGCUGCUCGUCUCCGUGUCGUCCCCCGCCGUGCUGCACCACCCUGAAGACGCUGCCAGCUACUUCGGGGCAUCCCGCUAUGACCCCUGACCCCAUAGAGGAGCUUUGUUACUGUGCCCCACUGAUAAAGAACGUCAAUCAUGGAGGCAAUUCCUCACUUAGCCAACAAACAUGCUUUUAUCUGGGACUUUUAGUUACAUUUUGUAGUUUUUGUAUCUGGCACUUGUAGUUCAGUUUUGUAUGUCUUGUAUCUGGGACUUGUAGUUAAUUUUUGUAUGUUUUGUAUCUGGGACUUGUAGUUCAGUUUUGUAUGUUUUGUAUCAGCAGGGUUUUAACUGAAUUAUUCACAAAGGUGAUUGAUUGGUUAUUCAUUUGAUGGCUUGCCACAGCGUCUGAGCUGGACGUAUGACGUAUGGUUGGACUGAAUAAAAUAUAUUGGUACGAGA